UUCAACUGUACACAAGGCUGAAACAAAAUUCAAUAGCAUUCAAUAAACAAUUCAACUUUAUACAAGGCUAAAAAAAUAAUAAAAUAGCAUUCAUUAAACAAUUCAACUUUAUACAAGGCUACAAAAAUCAAAUGGCAUUCAUCAAACAUUUGAACUGUCUUAACCGUAUGUUGUUGUUUAUGCUGCACCAAUGACAGGUGCUAUGUGUCCGGAGGAUGAGCAGACGAGUCCCCCCGGGGACCCCAGCCCAAGCAGGUUUGGUGUGACACUGACCUGCGGGGACCCUGACAACCCUCAUGGACCCACAAAGAAGAUCUGGACUAGCAGCGGUCUUAACAGGACCCCGGAGGUGGAAAUUCACUGUCCAUGCAGUCCAUUCAGUGCGCAGAGUCCAUGUAUUCUUGGGGACAACAACAAAGGAUUCGGGUCUUUUGUGAAGCGAUUGACGGAUGCUGAAGCCGAGAUCGUCUGUGCAGCCGCACAGCUUGUGUCUUUAAAAGAUAUACUAAAAGAUGCAAAAUCAUCCACAGUCAACAAGCAGCGAGUUGCCAGGCAGAGAGGAAUCCUGCUGCAGAAGAUGGAGGACUUUCGGCAAAUAAACAAAGCCGUGCGGCAAAGACUGAACCAGCUCCUGGAUGAGGAGAUGGACCGGAUUGACGCAGGCACCAAGAUUGACGCGUUGUUGAAUAAGAUCUUACAAGCUGAGCGUGAAAUUGAGAUUCUUAAAGGUGACUUGGUUGUAGCAGAAAAAAGAGCGGAGGAGCUCAUGUGUCUGCAGCAACUAGAGCAGGAGAACAUGAAGAGCGCUCUCAACAUGGCCAAGUCCUCUGAGGCCAAUCGCGCUCGUACGCAGGGGCAGCUACGCAGCAAAGAAGCAGACAACAAUCGACUGACAGUGCAAGUGAAGAUACUCGAGCGAGCCCAGACUCAACACAAGGCGGAAAUAGAAGAGCUGAAGGCGUCCUUAGCGUCUCUUACUGAGCAGAGCUCGAAGGAAAAAGAGGCCCUGAAGAAAGCAUCGCGAGCGCACAAGCAGAGAGCCGAGCGCUUCGAGGCCGGCCUCGACAAAUGCUACAGCCAGCUCAGGGAAAGGGACGUGCAGCUGACCCUUCUUCAGCAAGAGAAAGAAACAUGGACGCGAGAGAAGGAGCAGCUGAGUAAGGGGAACCACAAACUCGGCGAUCGUGUGGGGUUUCUGCAAAGUAGACAAGCCAACGGCCUCCCGGUGGACUUGCAGGUGGACACAGGAAGAGAGACGAUGAUGAAUAUGGAGGUGUCGAAGGAGAGGGACAAGGAAAGAAAGAUGCAGUUGGAGCUGCUGAAGGAGGAAAAGAAGGAAAGAAAGGAAUGGGACUGGCACAAGGAAAUGGAGAGCGAGGUGGAAAGAACAGAGAUUGCGGUCCUGAAUGAGAGCGAGGAUGACAUAAAGGAGAUGGAGAUCCUUGAGGAGAUUGAAGAGGACAGAAAGAGGAUGAUUCUGGAGGAGGAGAGAAAGGAGAUUGAAGAGAACAGAAAGAGGAUGAAGAUUCUGGAGGAGGAGAGAAACAAGACUGAAGAGGACAGAAAGAGGAUGACGAUUCUGGAGGAGGAGAGAAACAAGACUGAAGAGGACAGAAAGAGGAUGAAGAUUCUAGAGGAGAGAAACAAGACUGAAGAGGACAGAAAGAGGAUGAAGAUUCUAGAGGAGGAGAGAAACAAGACUGAAGAGGACAGAAAGAGGAUGAAGAUUCUGGAGGAGGAGAGAAACAAGACUGAAGAGGACAGAAAGAGGAUGAAGAUUCUGGAGGAGGAGAGAAACAAGACUGAAGAGGACAGAAAGAGGAUGAAGAUUCUGGAGGAGGAGAGAAACAAGACUGAAGAGGACAGAAAGAGGAUGAAGAUUCUGGAGGAGGAGAGAAACAAGACUGAAGAGGACAGAAAGAGGAUGAAGAUUCUGGAGGAGGAGAGAAACAAGACUGAAGAGGACAGAAAGAGGAUGAAGAUUCUGGAGGAGGAGAGAAACAAGACUGAAGAGGACAGAAAGAGGAUGAAGAUUCUGGAGGAGGAGAGAAAGGAGAUGCAAUGGCACAGGGAGAGGGAAACGAGGAAGGAGGAACAGGACAAGGUGUGUGGAAUAAACGUGGUCAUGAUGCAGCAGCAGCAGCCCAGCGCCAGCGAUGCAACGCACAAGGCAUCGUUUGCCCAGCAGGAAAACCAGCUUGCUGAAUGCUCUGCGGCCCUUGAUAAAGAGAAGAAUGCAUCGCGAGAGAAGAACAACACAAUUCAACAAUAUCAAAAUCGGGUGGCAGAGCUUGAAGCGGACCUAAACAACACAAAGAUCCAAUGUAAAAAUCUUUUACAAGAAAUUGAAAUCCUUAAAGCCGGACAAGGGGAAAAAGCCGAUGAGGUGAGGCAGGAGCUGCAGGGCGGUGUGGAGCAACUGCAGCACAUCCCUGACACACUGAGGGUGGCUGAACUCAAGCUCCUGGAUUGCAAGGAGAAGCUGCAACGCUCCGAGAUGAAGUGCUCAGGACAGUCAGAGACCAUUAGGCAGUUGCAGCUAAAGGUGGAGACUCAAGAAAACAUGGUUAGGUCGGCUGUGGAGCGCAGAGAGUCUGCAGAGGAGGCCAUGUCAAAGCUGCAAGAGCGAGUGGACGCCGUUCAAAAGAAGGAAGAUGAGUUGCAUCAAAAUAAGCUGAAGAUGGAAGUGAAGCUGAAGGUUGAGGAAGAAGCUCUUCACCACAGCAAAAAGAAACUGAGUCAGCACUCGGACGAAUGCGAGGCUCUCAAACAGCAACUGAGUCGGUGCUCAAAGGAAUGCGAGGCUCUCAAACAACAGAUGGGUCAGCGCUCAGGCGAAUGCGACGCUCUUGCCCGCCAUCUGCAGCAGCGCUCUGCGGAGUGCGAAGCUCUCAGCCAACAGGUCGCAAACUUAACAGCACAAACCUCGUCGAAAAAAGAGGACCUCCAGACCACCGUCCACGCACUGGAGGUUGAGAAGAACAGAAUAGAUAACGAGCUGAAGCUUCUAAGACAGAGCAAGUUGACAGCGGAAAUACAGUCUGAGAUGCGUGUGAAAGACCUGCAGCUCAGUCUGGAACAGUGCGAGAGGCACAAGAAAAACAUGCAGGACUACAUCAACUUCCUAAAAAACUCUUUUCUCAUGAUAUUCGAAGAUUCAAGUCCUACUUUUUGGUCCACCGGUUUUCUAUAAUGAGGAUUUUAAUUGUUUCUAUUUUUUUAUAUCAGUUUUUGGAGCAAUCUUGUUCAAAUAAAGUAUUCCUAUCGGUGGUUAUUGUCACAAGAAGUAAAUAUGAUUGUUCAAAAUAUUGUAAAAUCAAGGUAAACAGGCAGUAUUUAAGAUAUAAAGAAAACCAAACAGCAACCAUCCAUCCAUUCAUUUUCUACCACUUGUCCCACCAUGGAAAAGUAAAUAGUACUGUACUUAAAAAGGAUUAUCAAGCACGGUGCAUGAUGCCUCAAAUCUUGUUUGACCUUGACAUCUAGUGGUGAAAGUCAAUGAAUAACAUACUUUCCAACACCACCGAAUUUUCCGGGAGACUCCCGAAAUUCAGCGCCUCUCCCGAAAACCUCCCAGGACAAAUAUUCUCCCGAGAAUCUCCCGAUUUUCAGCCGGAGCUGGAGGCCACGCCCCCUCCAGGUCCAUGCGGACCUGAGUGAGGACAGCCUUUUUUCACUACGGGAGGACAACAGGGUGUCAAGAACUAAAUCAUCCAGACUAGAGAUAAAUUGUAUUAUUAUGUUUAUCUUACCUAAAAAUAAAUAUAUUUAUUAAUUAAAAAUUUAAAAAAAACAACUAAAUACAUUUUUACUAUAUUUUGCUAAAAACAUCAGAAUUAAUUGUAUUUUUAUUUGUAUUUUUUCUGACUCCUUAUUACA